CAUGAGCAAACAGUGAAUAGCUUGAAACUGUUUAGGCAAGUUGAGGUUAUUUAUUAGCCUAGCUAGGUACAUAAUACUAUGAUUAUGCCACUAUUCGUACCAACUACUUCGAAUGGUAUGAUUUAUGAUAUUAGCUUGCUUGGUAUACGUAUUGUAAUGAAACAGCAGUAAGCAGGUCUCGAACCCUCGACCUUCGAGCCCGAGGUCCGGCGCGCUAUCGACUGUGCCGCAAAAGCAUGCUCGUGCGGCAGGGUCGUUUCCGCGCUUAUAAACCCAGGGUCGUUACAGUAUGUUAUUGAACAUUUUCUUCGCUUUAUUAUCACCAUGAUCUGUAGAGCUAUGUGUCGCAGGCAACCAAGAUUCGUUUUACUGCUUCAGGGUUUUGGCAUGCUGAUUACAGAUGGCAGUCGAAUGAUUGACAAUAGCCCCCCCUUUCCCAAAAAAGUUAAUUUGACAUGCAAUUUCAUCAGAUAAGAAGCUAGUUGGUUUAACUGAUACCGCUCCUUUGUCGACUGUACUCACACGGUCAUAAAAUAGCCCUAUGAUCCUGCCUGUUACUGAAAAUCGUAAGGAAGUUGUAUAGAACCUGCCAAGGUGAAAGCAUAAUCAGACGUUCCCUAAACAUCGAGCUAUAACCGGAUUAUGACUAGCAGCAGUUCACUGCCACUGGUGGUGCUAUGUAUGGUGCUGCUGGUUCUGGCUGACGUAAGGAUCACCCCCUUCCUGUUUUUUUGGUCCCGGCAGUAUCCUCCGAUACCCGUUAUAGUUGACACAACACUUUGUGCGCCAAUAGGCAACAGUUGUACUGGUUCUAGUAAACAAAGCAAGUCAACCGUCGGAGACAGCCUACUGUAUAAUGUAGCCCGAUCUUUCGAGACGCUACAAGCAAAAUAAAUAAUCCUACAGCCUACCCAAUUUUACAGACCAAGUUAACCAGAAAGUGAAAGACAACAUCCCUUCAAUUGCAUCAGCCAUCAUAAGAUCCAUCAUGGAGGUGUCUCACACCGUGGAAACAGAGGAGCUGAUGACAUGCCUCCAGAUCCAGCUCUACCACCCCCAGCAGGCUUCCAGGGCUCUGUACCGCAUGUUGCCUUUGGAAACCAGACACAAGCUCCAGGCCGAGGACCCAGUGAGGCUGGGCCGGGAUGCCCAGGCCUGCACCUUCGUGCUGGUCGACCCCCGUGUCUCCCGCAAGCAGCUGUCCUUGCAGGCCUACCGCACCUCCAACAGCCCGGACAUGCUAUUUUCUGUGCAGAACCUCAGCCAGAAGGGACGUGUGACUGUCAAUGGGUUUGAGCUGGGGUUCCUGGAGAGGGCAGAGCUGCCUGGUAAGGCCCUGAUACGGUUCGGGGAAUACGAGAUGCUGAUACGCCGUGAGAAUGGAGAGGCGAAGGGGAGCUUUGAGGUGGAGUUUGGGGUGCUGGCAGUACCCCCUUCCAGAGAGAUGGGCAUGGUCGUGCCAAAUAUGGUGCCCGUCAUGGACACGGGCUCAGACCUUUCAACCAAUGGCAUCCCACCACUCAUGAGCCAAGGGCCAAUGGAGAUGGAUGAGACAAUCAUGUACCAAUCAGGCAGGGCGCUUCUUCCAUAAAAUAGUUGUACUACAAUGACAGCCAUAUUUGUUUUGAUUAUAUUGUAUUAUUUUCUCUUCAACUAGAAGCAGUUUUCUUGAAAAAUGCUGAUGUUAAACAUUCUGAAAGCUUAAAUCAAAAUGUUGACUGUAUGUGGUGCGAAGCUAUCAGUACCUCAAAUGUUUUUAUAUUCUACCUUUAUAACCCACUCCUCAAGUAUUAUUCAGUAUCAAAUGUGAAACUAAAGCUUGUGAAUAUUACCCUUUUUCAUGAUACCCAAAUAAGAGCAAGUAUCAGAAUUCAAUGAAGGAUGGGGUUAGGAAGGAUACUGUUUUGUAAAUGUUGAUUAUAAUAGUAAAACUGUUUUAUUUGAUUAUCGUGUUACACAUCAUAUUAAAGGCUUUGGCAAGUACAAGUAACUAAAAUUUAACCUGCGAGGAACCAAGGCACAUUCUGAAAAACUGGCUAUAUCUGUAUAUGUUUUAGUCGAUCUGCUUGUGAGAUGAGAUAUGACCUCAUUUUGCUCACUUUGACCCCAUCUGCCUCACCAUUGUCACCUGUGACACCUCAGAUGGGACACUAGGAGCUGUCCUCUCCUCUCACAGCUGCAGAGUGGCAUUGAGAGGCCCAUCGCCUUCACCUCAAGAGCCCUGAGCCCCACUAAACAACGGUACUCUGUGGGUGAACGAGAAACACUGGCCUGUGCCUGGGCGUAGGAAAUGUGGCACCUCUACUUAUAUGGCCGGCUGUUCACAUUUCGACCCACCCACCAGUCCCUCACUACGCUACUGUCGGCAUACGGAACUGGCCACAAGCCACUUCAGGUUCAACAGAUGGGCCGACUGCCUCAGACAGUAUGACUAUCAGCUGAAGUUCACUCCGGGGAGGGAUAACGUGGUGGCAGACCUCUCACGCUCCUCAGAUCGUCUUGCCAGACGACAACGAAACAGCUCGUACAAAUACUCUACGCUCCCCUUCAAUCAGCCGUCUCACUGGAGGAGCUGAAGCAAGCAUCGUAACAGGAUUCCACACUUUAACAGGAUCAACCUGUAAGACAGCAUGUUUCACUUAUCGCCAAUAUCCAACAACUUCGCACAGCCAUUGAAGAGGAGUGGGACAACAUUUCACAGGCCACAAUCAACAGCCUGAUCAACUCUAUCUGAAUGAGAUGUGUAGAGCAAAUGAUGGUCAAACCAGAUACUGACUGGUUUUCUGAUUCAUGUCCCUACUUUUUUUUUUAAUAGGUACAGUAUCCUUGACCAACAGAUGCAUGUCUGUAUUCCCAGUCAUGUGAAAUCAAUAGAUUAUGACCUAAUUUAUUUAUUUCAAUUGUCUCUUUUCCUUAUAUGAACUGUACUUCAUUAAAAUCUUUGAAAAUGUUGCA